AUGGAAGCAACGAAGCGUAUCUUAUCUCUAGACAUUUCAUAUUAAAAACGCACGAACAUGAAACAGAUAAAAGAUUCUUUCUUUUAUUUGAAAAAUGCUAGAAAAAUAAACAUGGCUCACUUGCAACAGAGCCUCUACUCCGCCGCUAGGCAAAAGGUUCCUUAUCGGGGAACGGAUCAAGGGAAGCUGACGUGGACACGUUUUCCGGCGAAAGUACGGUGCGCGUCGACCGAGUCGUUAACGAGUUUGACUGAGAAUAAUGCGGCGGAGGUAGAGUUGAAGUAUCUGGUGAGUCAGCACGGGUGGGACGUGAGGAGGUUGAACAGAAACGACGAGGAUGAGAUCAGGAGAGUGUCUCUGGUUCAAGCCGAGGCUUUCCACAUCCCUCUCGUUCUUUUUAAUGAUUUUUUCCUUCUCUUUUUCCAGGCAGAGGUACUCUCAGCACUUCUUUACAAACUAAAGAAUUCACCAUCUGACAGAUAUGCAUGUCUCGUGGCGGAGCAAACUAGCGAAGCUGAAGCUUCGUCGAGCUCAAGUGUAGUCGGAGUGGUUGAUGUUACAGCUCAGAAUGAAAGAUCAGUGCUUUGCCAUUUUCCUGGUGUUGAAGAGUAUCUUUACGUUUCGGGAUUAGCUGUCUCAAAAGCUCACAGGAGAAAGAAGAUGGCAAGUACAUUGUUAAAGGCAUGUGAUGUUUUAUGCUAUUUGUGGGGUUUCAAGCUACUUGCUCUUAGAGCUUAUGAAGACGAUGCAGCGGCUAGGAAUCUCUACUCAAAUGCUGGUUAUAACGUUGUAGCUACUGAUCCGUUGUGGACCUCUACUUGGAUCGGCAGAAAACGUCGCGUUCUUAUGACCAAACGCUUUUCUUAGUCAUGUAUAUUUUACCUUAGCCUUGCACAUUGCAGUGAUAAUAAACAUACUACCAUCUUAACUGGAUA